AUGUUGCCCUAUAUCAAUGCUCUAAAACUCGUUUUUUCUUUCUACCUGUCAUAUCCACUUGCGGCUGUGCUCAAGAGAAUACCCGACAAGGACCCAUGGAAGAAGAACCUGUUCGUCAUCAGUGUGUCUAUGUUCUACCUAGUUGGUCUUUUUGACCUAUGGGCUGGCUUGCGAACAAUCUUCAUCAGUGCGGGCGGCGCCUACCUAAUCGCGUCCAAGAUCCAUUCCCCCUACAUGCCCUGGAUUGGCUUCGUCUUCCUCAUGGGCCACAUGUCUGUCAACCACAUCUACCGCCAGGCCGUCAAUGAUGCCUCCGUCUUUGACAUAACUGGCGCCCAGAUGGUCAUGGUGAUGAAGCUUACCGCCUUUUGCUGGAACGUGCAAGACGGCCGUCUUGCCGACUCUGAUCUCACCGACUUCCAACGCGAACACGCCAUCCGCACCAUGCCCAGUCUCCUCGACUACACGGGCUACGUCUUCUUCUUCCCAGGUCUCAUGGCUGGUCCUGCAUUCGAUUAUGCCGACUACAGCCAGUACAUCACUACCACCAUGUUCACCCUCCCACCAGGCACAGAUCCCUCGCGGGCCCCGCCAACGCGAAAGAAGCGCAAGAUUCCUCGGAGCGGAGUGCCGGCUGCCAUCAAAGCUGCGUACGGCACGCUCUGGCUAGUUGCCUUCAUCAAGUUCUCCAGCUGGUACUACCCCGCCUUCUACCUCGGUGGCGAGUGGAUGCACUACACCUUCUUGCGCAGGGUGUGGCAGUUGUACAUGCUCGGACUUACUACCCGCAUGAAGUACUAUGCCGUGUGGAGCUUAUCGGAAGGAGCAUGCAUCCUGUCUGGCAUCGGUUACAAUGGUCUCGACCCCAAGACACAGCGACCAAAAUGGGACCGCCUCACCAACAUUAUGCCGCUGGAGAUUGAGAGUGCUCAAAAUGCACGAGCUUACCUUGGUUACUGGAACAUUAACACGAACUCGUGGCUGAAGAAUUACAUGUACUUGCGGGUAACUCCGAAGGGCCAGAAGCCCGGCUUUCGGGCUACAUUGGCGACCUUUGUUACGAGCGCCUUCUGGCAUGGUUUUUACCCUGGCUACUACCUGGCCUUUGUGCUAGCUGCAUUUGUUCAGACUGCUGCAAAAAACGGCCGCCGCUUGGUUCGCCCACUUUUCCUGACUCCUGAUGGCAAAUCGCCCUUGCCUUCGAAGCGAUAUUAUGAUGUCUUUACGAUGGUGUUGACACAAACCGUCUUUGCUUUUGUCGUCGCCCCCUUCAUCUUGCUGGGCUUCACGGACACGAUCACAGUUUGGGCACGCGUCUACUUUUACGCACUCAUCGGCGUCGCCGCGUCCUAUGCCCUGUUCUCCCGUUCUUUUCCAUUUCGAAAGAUGCUGGUGCAACGUCAAGCUGCCCGUAUGCCACUUUUGGGUAUUGCCGAUGACCCAGAAAAAAUGGUUGAUGAGAUUGUGGCCGAGGUGAAAGCAGAGUUAGAAGCGAGAAGACGGAGGGGCAGCAUAACACAGGGGUUUGAUGUUAAAAAAGCAGUUCAGGAAAAGCUCAACCAGUUCACGAAGAAGUCGUAG